CCACACUGGGCACCGAAAAGGCAAUCAAAUGCAUCAAAUAUCAAAAAUAUUGUUUUUAUUUUUUAUCUGCCUUAUCCAGGCCCGAGCGGAGCUUUCUGGUCUGAUGAGUGCCCUGCAGUACUUCGGGCUCGUUUCCAAUGGUACUUUGCAGACCUUGGGCAUAUCCCGUGGCCAGUGCCACUACAGUUUCAGCACCUAUGCUCUGCAGGAGGAUCGCCACAUCUGUGCCCCGGACGACGAACACAUCCUGCACCUAACCCAGCUGCCGCCAAUUAGGAAGCCACCGAUCCUAAUGAAAUGCUUGCAGCCAGAAACGCCGGAGAAUGCAACCGAAGAGGAGCCUGGUCUUCUGAUGAUGGGCAGCGCCAAGGAGAUACUUCGCCUAUUGAAGCCCGUGGGCAACGCCACCAAGCGCCAUGAGCCGGGCAGCUGUGUAGUGGUGCACUUCUGCACCGUCUCCAGCUUGGAGUGCGCCAGAGUAGCACCCGUUAUGAACCUACUGCCCCACCUCUUUCCCACGCUGCCCAUCGCCUAUAUUGAUGCGUACGAGUUUAGUCGCUUCAACGCCGAGUUCGGAAUUGUCUCUCUGCCCACCUUGAUGAUCUUCCACCAGGGACGACCUCUCAUCAAGUACGAACCCACUUGGGCUUAUUCGGAGAAACGCAGCUUUGGUCGCUUCAUCAUGCGACACACGAACGUGAAGACAGUGGACCCCCAGAGCAUUCCCCAACACAUCCUGAACCGCACACUCAGCGAGCCCCUCCCCAACGUGCCAGUGGUCUACACGGACUACUAUCUGGGCCUGGCAUGGGCCUUUAUCCUGGCCUGUCUGGCCAACUAUCUGCGCCACACGGUCUUCUGGAAGCAGCUUGUGGAAAUGGUGCAACGCAACUGGCGGGAGUCGGAGGAGACGCAGAUGGAGAUGGUGGACUAGAUCGGGGGGGCGGGGUGGUCUUAGUUUAGAUUUUAGAAGAAAUUCGACGUGAUUUUCUAAUGUUAUGUAUUUACCGUUUAAUUAAAUUCACAUCAACGUUUA